GCGGCGGCGGCGGCGGCAGAGGCGGCAGCGCUCGCCAUUGCCGCUGGUGGCAGGAGGCUGCGAGGAGCCGGCGCGGUCGCAGUCUCCACGGCGCAGGCCCACGGUAGCGCAGCCGCUCUGAGUAGAUCUUAAUGGAGGAGCACGGAGUGACCCAAACCGAACACAUGGCUACCAUAGAAGCCCAUGCAGUUGCCCAACAAGUACAGCAGGUCCAUGUGGCCACCUACACUGAGCACAGUAUGCUGAGUGCUGAUGAAGACUCACCUUCUUCUCCUGAGGACACCUCUUACGAUGAUUCAGACAUACUCAACUCCACAGCGGCUGAUGAGGUAACAGCCCAUCUAGCUGCUGCAGGUCCUGUGGGAAUGGCUGCUGCCGCUGCAGUGGCGACAGGAAAGAAGCGGAAACGGCCUCACGUGUUUGAGUCUAAUCCGUCUAUCCGGAAGAGGCAGCAAACACGCCUGCUUCGGAAACUUCGAGCCACAUUAGAUGAAUAUACUACUCGAGUGGGACAGCAAGCUAUUGUCCUCUGUAUCUCCCCCUCCAAACCCAACCCUGUCUUUAAAGUGUUUGGUGCAGCACCUUUGGAGAAUGUGGUGCGUAAGUACAAGAGCAUGAUCCUGGAAGACCUGGAGUCUGCCCUGGCAGAACACGCCCCUGCGCCACAGGAGGUUAACUCCGAGCUGCCACCUCUCACCAUCGAUGGAAUUCCAGUCUCUGUGGACAAAAUGACCCAGGCCCAGCUUCGGGCAUUUAUUCCAGAGAUGCUCAAGUACUCCACAGGUCGAGGAAAACCAGGCUGGGGCAAAGAGAGCUGCAAGCCCAUCUGGUGGCCUGAAGAUAUCCCAUGGGCAAAUGUCCGGAGUGACGUCCGCACAGAAGAGCAAAAGCAGAGGGUUUCAUGGACUCAGGCACUACGGACCAUAGUUAAAAACUGUUAUAAACAGCAUGGGCGGGAGGACCUUUUGUAUGCUUUCGAAGAUCAGCAAACACAAACACAGGCCACAACCACACACAGUAUAGCCCAUCUUGUACCGUCACAGACCGUAGUCCAGACCUUUAGUAACCCUGAUGGCACUGUCUCACUUAUCCAGGUUGGUACAGGGGCAACGGUAGCCACAUUGGCUGAUGCUUCAGAAUUGCCAACCACGGUCACUGUUGCCCAAGUGAAUUAUUCUGCAGUGGCUGAUGGAGAGGUGGAACAAAACUGGGCCACGUUACAGGGAGGUGAGAUGACCAUCCAGACGACACAAGCGUCAGAGGCCACCCAGGCGGUGGCCUCAUUGGCGGAGGCCGCCGUGGCAGCUUCUCAGGAGAUGCAACAGGGAGCUACAGUCACCAUGGCACUCAACAGUGAAGCCGCCGCCCAUGCUGUCGCCACACUGGCCGAGGCCACCUUGCAAGGGGGGGGACAGAUCGUACUGUCCGGGGAAACCGCAGCAGCUGUCGGAGCACUUACUGGAGUCCAAGAUGCUAAUGGAUUGGUCCAGAUCCCCGUGAGCAUGUACCAGACUGUGGUAACCAGCCUUGCCCAGGGCAACGGGCCGGUGCAGGUGGCCAUGGCCCCUGUGACCACCCGGAUAUCGGACAGCACAGUCACCAUGGACGGCCAGGCUGUGGAGGUGGUGACGUUGGAACAGUGACAUGCAGCCGUACGAUGGCAUCAUUUUCUAGUCUACUUCAAAAUUUUUUACACGUUUGCAGAGGUGCAAUCAAAUGGAAUUAAGUCUCUCGACUUUGGAAGAAAAGUUUUGUUAACCUUUUUUUUAAAAAGGAAGAAAGGCAGUGGGUUUUGGAAUUGCAUUUUUUAAAGCACCACUCUUGAUUUUCUGGGAUUGGUGGAAUAAGAUACUGUGUUGUCAAUUUCACUGUCCCAAAAAAGCCAAAUUGUGGCAGGACUUCUUUCUGCAGAAACAUGUGUGUAUACUUAUGUGUGUGUAUGUGUGAGUGUGAAUAUAUGUAUAUGUGUACAUAUGGAUAUACACAUUUACAUAUAUAUAAAGUAUAUAUAUAUGUAUGUAUAUAUAUAUAUAUAUAUAUAUGAAACCCGCAUGGAAUUAUCUGUAUGAAAUUAAGGUGAGCUGUGGAAAAAAAUAAUUCACCCAGUUUAGUGGGUGUAGGGUACGUGGCCAGACACAGUCACCCAAUUUUUGUUCAUACCAGGGUCAUGCGUUGAGCUACUGACAAACUCAGGCGGAGGUGACCAUGCCCUUCACCAAAGCUGCCUCCCAGUGGCCACCCAGAACUCUCCCUGCUGGACUCACCUGAGGAAGGAGGUUCCAGAACAGGGUGGGGUCCAGAAGUUGUGUUUGCAAGGUCCAAGGGCCUCAUGGUCUGGCAGCUGAGACGCUCCUCGGGCUGGCCCAGGUGCUGACCUUGCCAUAGGCAGGUGAAUGUCCUUAAAGCUCCAGGCAGGGACAAGAGGGAUUUCUUCAGCCACCCAUCUCCUCCCCUUCCCAGGAAGCCUUCUUGAUCUCAUGACUAUUAAAACGUUGCUUUGGUUUUAAGGUCAGUUCUGAAUUGGUCAUGUAUAUGAACUGAAGGUAACAGAAGUAUUAAGGGUUUGAGGAGCGCGUGCGCGUUAAGUGUGCUUGUG